UGCGCAUAUUAUACGUGUGUGUAAGUAACUGAGCAAAUAUGAACAGCUUUGUUAUCUAUCACUAAAUAUGGUCGAGAAAACAUGGCUCAAGGUUGUGUUGUUAAUCAUACGUCUAUUGAGUCGGUUGUCAGAGAAGUAAUAUAUUAAACAACAAUAUAAUCCUCAUGCAAUACAAUGAAAGGUCCGUUUUGAUUGGACUGGGAUUCUUACUUGUGAUGUGUUUCAUAUAUUACUUUUAAGGCUUAGUGCUGGUAUGUUUUUUUUCUUAUAAUAUUUCGUUUUUAUUAAUUUUUACAAACAUAAAUGCAUAAAGUAAUGCAAUAUGUCACAGGCAAAAGUUAAAAAUUAAUCAAUGCCAUACGCACGCCAUGGUCUAAUUAAUCGAUUCCUUACUUAGUUAUUUUAUAAGAUAAGAACAGAUUAAUGCAGUAAUUUACUGUAAAAAGCUAAGAUCAGGGCCAAAUGUGUGCGUCUUUAAUAAAGCUGUGUGUUGUGGACCUCAUCACAAUAUACCACGUUAACCAAAUAAUUACAACUCACAGUGUUUCAUUCUUCAUAUUCGCACAUUUUGGGACUUUUAGGAGUGUGAAUAGCGCAUGCAGUAACUCUGCCAUCGCUCCUGAAUUUUCUGAAUCGACUCCCCUGUCCUGUCCAAGCUGGACUGUGACAGAGCCUCUGAUAGGACCAAAGUUUUCAGCCUCAGCCAAUCGCCGCUCCUCGCUGCGUACCGGGAGUACCCUCUUCGCCAAUCAGAGCCGGGAGCGCUGACGGGGGGAGAGAGAAGAGCUCCCUACUUUUGACGGUCCGCUCUCACUUUGAACCGGUGUCACAACAACAAUAACAACAAUAUUUUCGUCCUAGCUGCACCGUCUUGGCAGCGACAAUUCCAAGAGCCUCAACGCUGGCGAAUAAAACCGAGGAGACUGACAACCUAACGCCCAUUAGCUUCCCCCAAAAUAUAUUUUUUCUCCAUUUUUGCCGUCACAUUUGACUUCUCCGAGGGGUUGUGGCUGUCCCGGGACACUGCUGCUUGGCUGUAGCCGGGGCGAGGCUAACCAUAACCGGGGCUAACCGAGGCUAACACCGCCGGGAAGCUUCCACGCAGGAGAAAAAGACGAUUUCAACAUCGUACCCCAGCUGCAACCUCGGCGUUGGAGCUGCAGCCUCCCCGUUAGGAGGACCGGAGUAGUGGAGGCAUGACUGCGUUGGCGGGGUCAAUACCCAGGAUGAUGCGACCCACGCUGGCUCAGAACUACCGCAGUGGUUUCCCUCUGGAAGUUUCUACUCCGCUGGGCCAAGGCCGAGUGAACCAGCUCGGAGGAGUUUUUAUAAAUGGCAGACCUUUGCCCAACCACAUCCGACAUAAAAUCGUGGAGAUGGCCCACCACGGCAUCAGGCCGUGCGUCAUCUCCAGACAGCUCCGGGUCUCCCACGGCUGCGUGUCCAAAAUCCUGUGCCGGUACCAGGAGACGGGCUCCAUCAGACCCGGGGCCAUCGGUGGCAGCAAACCCAAGCAGGGAACAACGCCGGACGUAGAGAGGAGAAUAGAAGAAUACAAGCGGGAAAACCCGGGUAUGUUUAGCUGGGAGAUUCGGGAUAAAUUACUGAAGGAUGGGAUAUGUGACCGCAACACCGUUCCUUCAGUGAGCUCCAUCAGUCGCAGCAUGCGGAGUAAGUUCGGGGGGAAAGGCGACGAUGAGGAGGACGAAGAGGAAAUGGAGAAGAAAGAGUUGGAGGACAGCGAGCGGAGGGCCAAGCACAGCAUCGAGGGCAUCUUGGGAGACAGAUCGAGUCACUCAGAUGAGGGUUCGGAUGUGGAGUCAGAACCUGAUCUGCCUCUUAAAAGGAAGCAGCGGCGCAGUCGGACCACCUUCACAGCAGAGCAGCUGGAGGAGCUGGAGAGGGCCUUUGAGAGGACCCACUACCCCGACAUCUACACCCGAGAGGAGCUUGCCCAGAGGGCCAAACUCACCGAGGCCAGGGUUCAGGUUUGGUUCAGCAACAGGCGGGCGAGGUGGAGGAAGCAAGCAGGAGCUAAUCAACUGAUGGCAUUUAAUCACCUGAUCCCAGGGGGUUUCCCACCUUCAGCCAUGUCCAGCAUUCCCCCCUACCAGCUCUCUGACAGCACCUACCCCCCCUCAUCUAUAGCACAAGUGUCGGAGGCCCCCAGCACGGUGCACCGGCCCCAGCCUCUCCCUCCCUCUUCGGGCCAUCAAGCCUCCGGUGGUGGAGGGCAGGGAGACGGAGGCUCCCCCUACUGCCUCGCCUCCGGACGCCACUCCUUCUCAGGCUACUCGGACAGCUUUGUGAGCCCCGGUGGACCGGCCAAUCCCAUGAACCCCGCUAUAGGAAACGGACUGUCUCCUCAGGUGAUGGGCCUGCUGAACCCAGGCGGCGUGCCACAUCAGCCCCAAAGCGACUAUGCCAUCUCCCCUCUGACAGGCGGCCUCGAGCCCCCUGCAGGCAUGGCGGCCAGCUGCAGCCAGCGCAUGGAUCACAUCAAGGGCCUGGAGGGUCUCACCAGCGUUCCCUCCAUGUCGGCUCUGCCCUCCCUGCCCAGCUCCCAGUCCUACUGCACCCCCUCCUACAGCUCCCCAGGUUACACUGUCGACCACGUGGCAUCCUACCAGUACGGCCAGUACGGACAAAGUAAGGUGCCCUUCCUUAUCUGAGGCCUGAAAUCACCUGAUCGUGAGCUUCAGAUUUACACAGGGACAUUUGUGUGUACAGCGAUGGAGACCUUUUAAUAUGUGGACCAAAAUUUUGUUGCCAUUUACCAGGACACAUUCUCUACUGCAGGACAAUAUAUUGUUGAUUCUUCUCUUUGUGGAGAAAAUGGACUGAAAAGAAGGGAACACAAGGACCAGAAGGAAUAUCAGACCAAAAACUGUUGAAUGACUCUGAACAUUGCUGCAUCCUAUUGUACGUGACCCGCAAAAAUGUCAGCGCUUAACAUGGUCAUCUCAGUGGAGUUCUGAGCAUACGGUGCCAUAAAGAAGGACUUUGUUCAUGCAAAUCCAGUGACCAAAACACUAUUCGUGGACUCUGCAUGUGGAGCGCAGCUUGAAGGAGCAUGUUUACAUAUCCUAGGGCCACAUGAGUACAAAUGAAAUUCCAUGUAUCCCCAAAUUAAUCCCCAAAUUGUAUCAACUGAACGGGGGAAAGAAAAGGGCUUUGUUGAUUUUAUUGCAUUUAUUUGAGAUCUCAGCAUCCCACACACGGAGAGGAAUUCCAGAGACGGUGAAAACAAACGUGAGCAAAUGACUAUGUGGGUUUUAUUGUAUCAGGAAAACUCUAAUGUACACCACAGCUGUACUGCAGAGAAAGUUCAUUGAAACAUUCCUCCUACGUCCUCCCCCUCUGUCUCUCCCUCUCCGUCCUCUCCCCUUUCUGUCUCGCUCCUUCUCUCUCAUUGAUGUUUCGGACGGUGAGGCAGGGAUCCCGGCCUUUUGUAGUUUUAGAGAGGAACUCAGAGGAGGUCAGGGGGUGACUUUAGGGAAAGUGACAGAUGAGAGAGCAGUAGAGGAGGGCGGUGGAGAAGUGGCUUUAAAGGGGGGCAGGGAUAGGCAAGAUCGAUCACAGGGUUAAAAAAAACUCUUUGGAGAUCGUCUCCCCGCGAGAAAAAGCCACCAGGUCACAAGACACGACCAAGAGAUACUUGAGAAACAGAGACAGAUAGUUUAGACUAAAGACAGCCAUUCUCCCAGCUGACCAGAAGUGCAAUAUCAUGUAUCUUUGAGUCACCAUUAAAACAAUAAAAUCAAACGUGCCUCUUAAAGUCUUACGAAACACUUUGGAUUUAGACUCUGGAUCUAGUUUAGGACUUUGCAAAGGAACAACACAUGUGCCUUUGAAGGCUAAUUGGAACAUUGUUAAUAUUGCUGUAACAGGACACUGAGAGGAGGACAUUUGUAAAGACUUAAGUCAGUGUUGUGUCAUGAGAAAAAGAGCGAAUGAAGGGAAUGCUAAUGUAAACAGAAAAAUCACCAGGAAUGAGAAAGCCAAAACAUUAUUUUAUUUUAUUUUUUGUGUUGCUCGGGACCUUGUUUGUUUCCAUGUUGCAUACACAGGAUUUAUUGAUUUGGUGUGUGAUGCAUUCCAGACAUAUUUAUUGUCACAGCUGUAUGUCCACAGUGUCUUUGUAAAACCUGUACAAGUGAGUGACAAUACUUAAUCCAUCAAUCUACGGCUCAGAAUAACUGAGUGCCCCCAGACGCACUCCUGUUUUGUACAUCUGUCAGUGUUAGAAUGAAUCACUCUUUUCAUUCUUUUUGAUAUAUUUUUUUGUAUUAUUGGACAAAUCGAUAUGACAUAAUGUCAUGUGUACAAGCGCAUUAUCACUACUAUUUAUAAUGAAAUAAAAAUCCUG